AUGAGUGAUAAUGACGUAAACAGUGACCGUUCGCCUACUUUGACUCCGCCUAGAAAAUUACCCAAAAAAGGUGCUUGGACAAGAAAAAAGGAAGGUAACGCAUUAUCGCAACAUCGUGUACAAAAUUUUAGACAGCAAUGGUUAAACGACCCGACUUUUAAAGACUGGCUUUUGCCAGACACCAAUGAUUUAAUAAAAGCUAAAUGUGUAUAUUGCCCGGGAACAUCAAUGGUAGCUGAACUAUCCAAUUUAAAAACUCAUGCCUCUACCAAGAAACACCUAGGCAACAAACCCGGAUCCAGUGGAAAAACACAAACAUUAACAUCGCUUGGAUUCCAAAGAGGUAUAACUCCACAAAAUAGAGAAAAAGCUCGUGCAGAAAUUAAACUUUCUGCUUUUUUUGCGGAGCACAAUAUUGCAUUCUCGGUUGCUGACCAUUUGACAGAUUUAUUAAAAGAAGUUGUGACGGAUUCUAAAUUAAUCAAGGAAAUUGAACUUAAACGAACCAAAAUUACAGGUGUGAUAAAGAACGUUCUCGGAGAAGGUCAUAAGGCAGAUUUAGCCCAAAAACUACAAAAAAAUCAGUUUUCGGUGAUGACGGACGAGACGACCGAUGUUUCUACGGUCAAAACUGCUUGCGUUGUGGUACGCUAUUUUGAUCAAGAAGCUCAAAAGAUAUGUAGCGCAUUUUGGGAGCUGUACAAAGUUUUAAGGAAACACCUGAUGCUGUUGAUAUUCCUACUGCCAAUGCCGAGAAUUUAUACAGAGCUCUUAUUGAUUCAUUUACUAACCGUAAUGUUCCAUUAA